GUUCAUACGAUCCGAUAAGCGCUAGGAGGGCACUGUCAUAUGGCGGCGUGUGAUGUGGGAUUUACAGAUCUCAACACGGAUCGUAGAGUUGACAGUGUCGCACUGGAAGGUCUCAUGAGUCGCGGACGGCGAGCAUCCGUCUUGUUGCGACAGAAAAAUGGCGACAAAGAAGGCGUUGUUGCCGUUGCCAACGACCUAACAUCUGUCUCGCUGGAGGAACGACGCGCUGAUGUGGAUAAGGCUCUAGUGUGGCUCAAACAGGAGAUGGUGAGGAGAAGGAGAGAAGACUGUAGGAUCGCAAUGCGGCGACAAGAUCAGGAGCUUGUCAAGCAGCUGAUGGGCAUACGUUCGAUGAUACAAAAACUGAAACGUCGACAGCAGGAGGAUCCCUCUGACAGCUCGGAGAGUGAGGACGACGGAUGUGUGGACGGUGCGUGCGUGACGAAGUUUGCAGAGACGAGACACCGGAAACUGUCGUCUGGUGGGUUGAACGGUCUGUCGACCAUAAGUAGGAUAAGAAAGUCACGGAGUUACAGUUGCACUACAGGGUCGGUAUCGUCUUCCAUUGAUGAAGACGCAUUUCAAGUCAGACUUGAGGAUAAGAAGCCUCUUUAACAAGAGAAUGGGAGACCAUGAGUAGACAAGAUUAGAAGCACUGGUGCUUAGAAGGACAUUCCAGCCCGUAAGGAAGGAAAAACCAGUUGUUAGAAGCGGGACUUCUAUAGGGAAAUAGUUUAUGUAACAAAAGUAACUUGAUGUAAAGAGAACUAUGUAACUCCCGUUUGUAGAGGCUAUUCUGGAGGACAGAUACAGAACAGCUGUUGGUACUAAAUAGUUUCUAUACAGACUGGCAUGUAAUCAAGAGUUUCAACUGAUAACUUUCACUAUA